GGCUCACGACCGGGCCUCUUUACGUCCGGACAUGAGCAGUCCGGAUGACGAAGAAGAGGAGAUGACCAUGAAGAAAGAGCAGGCAAAGCUACACUUGGCCUCAACGAGCGCAAAGAGGCUUGCUGUUUUCGCAAAAGUCAGCAAGAAGUUGGACAUGCCCUUAACUCAUCUGCACCAAAUAGGCACCGGGUCCAUCGCAUCUGUACUGCAGACCAGAGCCUUGGUUUUACCACACUGUGGAAGCUUAGAGCAGAUUCUGACCAGCGCGAUUUCCAGUGCGGCUGCAGGGGGAUCAACGUCAUCUUUUUCGUCGGUAUUAAAUCGCCCGGACAUCUUUGGCUCGUCAGGAAGCAGUGGCGCUGAUUUCCAGAGUAACAAUUUUCUUGCGAGCCUGCGAAACGCAACGGAAGCGGCAUUGACAAACGCUGGACUUGGAGCUUGUGCGCUUCUCUUGCAGAAUGAAGACCAACAUCUAGAUCCUAAUCGUGGCGUCAGAUCAGGCGCGCUGACAAACCACGGUACUAGCACAAAUACUUUUCUCUCAGAUUACAAAGAGCGGCAGGCAAAGACGUUUCUCGAGCUUGGUCAAUGGCAAGAUUUGGGAGAAUUCGGCGUUUCUGAUUUCUCGCAUCGAGAACAAAUAAACUCGCCACUUUUGCCCGACUCUCCCGCAGAGAUGACAUCACACCUCGACGUCAGCUUGUCGAUGAACCAGAGCAAUUUAAAAGCAGAAGGCGGUGGUGGACCACAUCAUCAGCCGCGAAAAAUAAAAGCCGCAUCCAGAAUUGUCGGUUUCCACACAGCAUUGCUUUCCGCUUUGCAAGAAGGGUCCGAUGAGUGCGUCAAAACAGCGCUGCGCUUCACGCACACGGAGUUGGCUCGCGGCAGCGCUUCGUUUCCGCAGGGUGCUGUGCAGGCACAGAUUGCUGCAGACGUCCGAUCAUAUAUGGCGUCCGGCCCAUCUACGGGUGCAGCAGGGCGCCAGGGUCCUCGUGGACCUCCCAACAAGCAAGCACAGACACAAAAGCAAGUAGCUGCAGCUGCAAACUAUGCCGAUUACAUUCUGCGAGACUCAGAGAACGUGGAGGUGCUCUCCUCCACAUCUGCAGCCGCGAGCUUUAGUGCGAAGUUGACAUCGUCUUCGGAGAACAGUGCGCCUACUGCCCCGUCGUUUACUACUUCCUCUUCAGUUAAUUUUCCGGGCUCAACUACAACACCCGAUGAAUUCAUCUCGUCGAAUAUCAAAUACCCACAUUCCAUCUGGUCCAGCGGCACCAUCGAGCCGCUGCUGGAGGUCCGCCGCGCUCUGACGCUGAAGUCGCGGAACAAAGCGUACUUGUCCGCAGGUUGUGGCGACACCUCGCACGUGCUCGACCUGAAAACCCUCUUUGGCGGCGCGGCGGAAUAUGGGGUGCGUGUGGAAGACAAAAGAGCCUUCGCUACCGCGGAGAAAAAGCGCAGUGGUCUGAAGAUUCUCCAAAAGACGUGGGAGGCCGCGAACAAAUCCGCGUUGCUGCAUGGAAAAUUUCUACGAUCCGUCAGGAGAAAGCCUGAGUCGGCGAUUAAUGUGUUAGCAAGUGUCAGCACGGCUUCGAGUUGUAGUUUGAUACACGUCGGCGGUCCUGCGACAUCAGCGUCGGCGCUCGACACAGCCGAGGCGAAUCUGGAAAAUGUGAAAUACCUGAACCAAACGAUCAGCAGGAUAAGCAGGAUUCUGAAGCAGGACGCACAAGAAAGGCAAACAGCUUCAUCUUCAUCCCGAGGUGGCGCGGCAGCGGGGCAUAACUCCGCCUUAUCAAGCAGUAACUUGCGCCCGCCCCUAGACCUCCCGCCCUUUCGUGAGAUGGUGGACCUGGUGCGCUCGAACUUCGAGCGUGAGUACCAAAUUGCCUCUUGUCUGUGGCACGAGAACUCCCGUUCGCAGGCGGUGGGGUGCUUAAAACACAUUACGGAGUCCGUGGAGCACGUUUGCAGCUUCGCGAAUUUGGU